AUGGAUUAUUUUACUAAUAUUACUUACUUAACUCUGGAAGGGCAUGUGGAGUUGGAGAAAUACAGAUAUGUUUACUUUAUCGCUUGUCUCAUAGUUUAUCUACUGACUAUUUGUUUUAAUUCUGUUGUCAUUUUUAUCAUAUGCAGCAACGAACAUCUCCAUGAGCCGAUGUACAUUUUCAUUGCUGCUUUACUUUGCAAUGCUCUCUUUGGGACGACUGUUCUUUACCCUAAACUGCUGAGUGAUUUUCUGUCUGAAAGACAAGAUGCCUCUUACUCAGCCUGUCUGUUUCAGUCAUUUUUUAUUCACAUUUAUGCUGCUGCAGAGUUCACUCUGUUAUCAGCUAUGGCCUAUGACAGAUAUGUGUCCAUAUGUAAACCAUUACAGUACACAACUCUUAUAAAAAUGUCCUCUGUGAAAAAGCUCUUAUUUUUCUGCUGGUUUGUUCCUUCCUGUGAAACUGGCGUAGGGAUGAUACUAACAUACCAACUUACAAUCUGCAAAUUCAAACUGAAUAGAGUUUACUGUAAUACUGGUGCGAUUGUAAAACUGAGCUGUGGGGACACAUCUGUGAAGACGUCUUAUGGGAUGGUGAUUUUUUGUGUGGCUAUAUUUCCAUCAGUGAUCUUUGUCAUUGUGUCAUAUGUUAGAAUCCUUGAAGUCUGUUUAAAGAGUUCGAAAGAUUGUAGAAGAAAAGCUCUGCAGACCUGCUUCCCACACCUCAUCAUUUUCACCAGUUUUACUGUCACUGCAUGUUUUGAAGCUAUCAAUAACAGAUUAGAGGGAAAUAUGCCUCAUAUUGUUUCCAUGAUAAUGUCCGUUGAAAAUCUGGUGAUUCCUCCUCUAAUUAAUCCAAUUAUAUAUGGUCUGAAACUGCAGGAGAUUUGGAAUAGGAUUAAGAGACUGAUUUGA